AUGCUUGAGAACGCUGCGCACUCGCUGAAAAAUCGUCCGUCGCGACUGGACCUCAUUGACAACAAGCAACUGACCUCUUUCCCGCUUCCGCACCCGAACUUUGCACAGACUAGCCCGUACGCAGAGCUUUUACUCGUGGAAGAUUACAUUCAUUACCCAAAGGGUUUUCGCAAGAAGACCUCAUUGUUCGAUCUCAAACGCGCCAUCGAGAAUGAUAUGACACCCCCUGAUGCGCUGUUGCCGCUCUACUAUCGCAAACAAAGCGUCAACUCGAGCUCCACCCUGAAUAGUGAAACAGAGGCCUACAUCAAGACGGCAGAGUCAAACUUACGAUACUGUGUUGUCUGUGACCGUCCAUUGUACGACCUGAGCUCUCUGCUUCCUCGGAGCAGGUGUGCAGAGAUUGUCUGCUGCCAUUGUUUCCAAGAGUACGAGACUCUCCAGGCAGCUCUGAAAAAAAUAGAUCCAGAUCUUGCGCAGCUGUCCUCCGACACGGAGUCGGAAAUUACGCCCGGGACUGUGAACCUGGAUUUUUCAGAAGCAGACCAAACCGCAGAAACACUGGAAACAGCGAGAGAUACCAACAACACCGUCUGUCUCCACACAACCCAAAACGAUUCUGCUGCCUUUGAUGUCAUAAUAUCUACUUUACGACGUAUACAGAUUGCAGACGAAAUUGCACGAUCACAGCCACGCAAAAAACCCAGCCCCAUGAGAAGCCUGAUGAGUCUUAGGAGCAGGCUGAGUCUAAAAACAUAA